UUCUCCCUGUGCACCUGUGCGAGUAUGUUGUCCACCUCUGCGUGACACUGAAGGAAGAAGCCGAAAGAAGAGAGAUGGUUUUUCGGGUCGACGAAGGAUCAUCCCGGACACAACCAAAUUCUGAAAACGGAUAGCUACUCGCCCUCUGCAAACAGUACUUUGGCACAGCCAGUGCUUCUCAGUGCUUGUUGCUGGUGAGCUGGGUGUUGCUGGGUUUCGAUAAUGUCGCAGAAGAGGCAGCAGGAUGAAGGCAAGGGUCGUUCGGAUGGGACUAGUAGUCCGGAUGACAAGCGUAGGAAGACCAGUUUCCAGAGCGUGGUUCUGGAAACGAUGAGAUUGCACAAAGUCCAGCAUUUACUGGAGCCACUUCUAGAGCGUUUGAUUCGUAAAGUUGUUAAAGAAGAAGUUGAGGAGGCCCUAAGAAAGCAUUUGGCGAGUAUGAAACAGAAUUGUGGGAAAGAGACGGAUCCUUCUGAAUCAAGAAUCUUAAAGCUACAGUUCUUAAAUAACAUCUCUCUUCCAGUAUUUACUGGAGCUCGGAUUGAAGGAGAAGAAUGCUCCACUGUACAAGUAGCUUUGGUUGAUUGCUUUAGUGGACAUAUUGUCAAAUCCGGGCCUGAAUCCACAGCCAAGGUGGAAUUAGUUGUUCUUGAGGGUGAUUUUGACGGUGAGGAGGGUGAUAAUUGGACACUUGAAGAUUUCAAGAAUAACAUUGUGAGAGAGAGGGAUGGAAAGAAACCUCUUCUUACAGGAGAGGCAGUUUUGAAUCUUAAAGACGGAGUUGCACUUGUGGGUGAGAUUUCUUUUACUGAUAAUUCAAGCUGGACAAGGAGCCGUAAGUUUAGGCUAGGAGCAAGAGUUUCAGAUAACUUCGAUGGAACUAGAAUAAGAGAAGCAAGGACAGAAUCCUUUAUUGUCAGGGAUCAUCGGGGAGAAUUGUACAAGAAACACCACCCUCCAUCUCUGCUUGAUGAAGUAUGGAGACUAGAAAAGAUUGGCAAGGACGGAGCUUUCCAUAAGCGGUUGAGUCGGGAAAGCAUCAACACUGUGAAUGAUUUUCUCAUCCAACUCUUCAUAAACCCUUCAAGGCUCCGGAAUAUCCUUGGGACGGGUAUGUCUGCUAAGAUGUGGGAAGUCACUGUGGAGCAUGCUCAGAGAUGUACACUCGAUAAGAGGGUGUACUUGUACUACCCUCCCAGUUCACAGGAAACUGGUGUCGCCUUCAACAUUGUAGGGCAAGUGAUGGGACUUCUGUUGGAACAUGAAUAUGUUUCUGUUAGUAAGCUGUCUGAAACACAAAAGGCUGAUGGCUACCACCUGGUCAUUUCUGCAUUUGAACACUGGGAAGAAGUAGUCCCGUUUGAAGAUGAAGCCUCUCUUAUAGCUGCAUCUUCCAACUUCACUAAUGUUCUUCACACAUCGAGCUCACCAAGGGCAGAGGAUCUUGGCGGAAGCAAGUUUUUGGCUUCUCAAAAGAUUGGUGGAUUUGAUUAUGCACAGCCAUCUGCCUCUUCUCCAGAUAUCAUCCCAUCCAUCUAUUCGGUGGGUAGCACCAGUGGCUUGGAUGAUUAUGCCUUGCACAACAUUGACGGCUUCGGUCUUAGAUACGACCAGACUCUGAGUUUCCCAGGUCAAGUCACCAACUCCAUGAUCUUUGACACCGACCCCAUGGCUCAUGCUUUAUUUGUUGAGGAUCAUCUGCAGUUUUCCGAUGCUAAUCUAGAGUCCCACAACAUGAGUUCAGAAUCACAAUAUCUACAUAGCACUGUAGAUCACUUUUUGCCGUGUUCAGCUGUUGCCAUAUCUGAUAAGGCUCACAGGAGAUGGACAAAGCUAUUCAGUGUGCUGAAGUGGUUCUCAAUAAUGAGGAGCGUGGCUUCGAAACGAAGAGUUCAAGAUAUACAGAGAUACUAGUAAUCAAGUGUGAAAUGAUUGUUUGGUUACAGUUGCAAAUACCGUUUAGGGCUGCCCGUAUAGUACUUACGUGUGCAGGUAGAGUGGGAUCUCUUGGAGGUUUUGUUAGAUGUAAAUAUAUCUGGUAGUUUUUUUUACUAGUUUCUUAGUUCUGAGUGGCCAGAGAAAUAAACUCUCAAUCAAGUUGUUAGCUUGUAACUAUGUAGGUUUGUUAAAUAAAGGUAUCCUUUCCUAGCUU